CACACACACACACACACAACCCGCUCAGCCGCUCCUCACACCCUACCACAUACACACAUAGCACCUGCAAUGGGUAAAGAUUACUAUAAGACCCUAGGGCUGCCAAAAACUGCCACCGAUGAGGAGAUCAAAAAGGCGUACAGGAAAUUGGCCCUACGCUAUCAUCCCGAUAAAAAUAAAGCCGCAAAUGCCGAGGAGAAAUUCAAAGAGAUCGCCGAGGCAUACGAGGUGCUGUCGGAUAAGAGCAAACGGGAGGUGUACGAUAAAUAUGGCGAGGAUGGCCUAAAGAACGGCGGCACCCGGAAUGGCGGCAAUACGAACAAAACGUUUACAUAUCAGUUCCAUGGUGAUCCGCGUGCCACAUUUGCUCAGUUUUUCGGCAACAGCAAUCCGUUUGCCUCCUUCUUCGAUAUGGGCGACAAUCUGUUUGAUAAGAAUGUCUUUGAUCUGGAUACGGAACCGGAUUUCUUUUCAUCGCCAUUCGGUGGCAUUGGCUCCAGGCAUGGUCUCGGCAGUGCCUUCAGGCCCUCAUUCAGAUCACACUCCUUCAAUGUGCACACACCGUUCAAGAAGGAACAGAAACAGGAUCCGCCCGUCGAGCACGAUCUGUAUGUGACCCUGGAGGAGAUCUACCAUGGCUGUGUUAAGAAAAUGAAAAUCUCCCGACGCGUCGUCCAGGCAGAUGGUGGCAGCUCCCGCAAAGAGGACAAAGUCCUCCAAAUAUCAAUCAAGCCCGGCUGGAAAUCGGGCACCAAGGUCACCUUCCAGAAGGAGGGUGACCAGGCGCCCGGCAAAAUACCCGCCGACAUUGUGUUCAUCAUUAGGGAUAAGCCCCAUGCCAUGUUCAAGCGCGAGGGCAGCGAUCUGCGCUAUACGGCGAGACUAACGCUCAAGCAGGCACUCUGCGGCGUUGUCUUCCAAGUUCCUACCAUGUCCGGCGACAAGUUGCGCAUCAGCACCAUGCAGGAGAUCAUUAAGCCGAAUACGGUGAAGCGCAUACAGGGCUAUGGCUUGCCCUUCCCCAAGGAUACCACCCGGAAAGGUGAUCUGCUCGUGGCGUUCGAUAUACAGUUUCCGGAGAAAUUGACUGCUGCCCAGAAGGAGGUGCUCAGGGACAUGUUAUGAGGGCUGCGGGCUGCAAUGGAUGCCCACAGCCAUGAGCAAUGACUCAACACACACUCAUCCCCAGUUCGCAAACGCGUGACUGGGAUUAGUCAUACCAUACACACACACACACACA